AUGGAGUGGCCGUACCCUUCCAAUUGUCGCCAGAACGCAUUCUGGCCUCAUUUUCGACGACUCGACCCUCCUGUCAUUUUCCACCCUGUUGCGGCUCGCCAAAGCUUCCUCUACUCAUUCGUUCCUACGCAUCCGCCUUUUGUCGUCAUGUCUGACCCCGAAGAAUCAAAUGCGAGGGUGCGACAGCAUCGUGCUAGUCCAGAGAAGGAAUUCGACUCCUGGUCUGCAAUCGCUCUUGGCGCUAUCACCACCAACAGCGCGAUUGGUAUCGUGUUGACUUUUGCAAGCACAAUCACCUAUGGGGGGUCCAUGCUACUGUUCUACGGCUUUCCUAUCAUGUCAAUCAUCGCUCUCGGGGCUGCAACCAGUCUCGGUGAGUUGACAUCAGCAUAUCCCGAAGCUGGCGGUCAAUAUAUCUGGGUAGCACGGCUUGCACCUCCAAAGUUAUCCCGGUUCUUCUCGUAUAUAGUGGCUAUAUAUAGUUGGGCUGGAGCUGUUUGCACUGGAGCCUCAGUAUGUCUGGUCGGCGCUGAGUUGAUCCUCGACCUAGUCGAGUUUUUCAAUCCUCACUUUCACGUAAAACCGUGGAUGGUUUUCCUUUUUUAUCAAGCUAUCAAUAUCUUAACCCUGAUCCCGAGCUUCUACGGAAAGCUUCUCAACAAAGUCACCAAAAGCCAAAUGGCUUUUACCGCCCUGCUACUUGUGGGGUUACUGGUUGCACUAUUCGCAGCCGCCAAAAACCGUCGAUCAGCGCACGAGUUCUUCACCGUGUUCCAUCACAGUUCCGGGUGGCCCGACGGCAUGGCGGUUCUCAUCGGGGUCAACAGCCUGCAGUGGUGCUACUGCUGCCUAGACUCCAUGGUCCACAUUGCUGAUGAAAUCCCAAAGCCCGAGCGCAAUAUUCCCAGAGCUCUUAUGUGGUCCAUUGCUGUGGGGUUUGUCACUGGCAUGAUUUGCUUGUGUGCUUACAUGUUCGCUACUGACGACUACGACACGGGGUAUUCAUCACUCACCAUCACUUUUCAAGCCUUCGGUCAAAAUCAAGGCGCUGCUAUUGUCAUUCAAGUACUUGUCUUUGUCUCCAGCAUUGGAGCUUUAUGGGGUAUUCAUGUCUGGCAGUCUCGACUUGCGUGGACAAUUGGAUAUAAUCGAGGUUUUCCUUUCGGCGAAUACCUAGAACGGAUUGCUGGUCCUCCUUAUGGGACUCCAGUUUAUGCUUUGGUAUUCUCCUCUUUUGCCACGGCGCUCCUGGGCUUCCUAUAUCUCGGUUCUUCCACCGCUUUCAACUCCUUGGUCUCAGCUUCUCUGCUCUUCCAAUGGAUCAGCUACAGUAUUCCUGUCAUCUUUCUUAAUCUACGUGGUCGAACGACAAUCCCCCACGGGCCCUUUUGGUUUCCCAAGCUCGGUUACAUCGCAAACACCCUGCUUGUUGUUUGGACUGGUGUCUCGCUAGUCAUCUACUGCUUUCCCUACACUCUUCCUUUCGAGGCUGGAAAUAUGAACUACGUGUCUGCCGUCGUGUGUGGAAUCACUCUGUUGAGUAUCUUGUGCUGGAUUUGUUAUGGACGGAAACACUUCCACAUUCCUGAGUUAGAUAUCUGUCUGGGGACGAUCGAAGGGGUGAGCCCUAGUGGCGAGACUCACCAUGUGAACAGACUAAAAGUUGAGGUUGUUCGGAAAUAG